AUUUUUCUGUCAUUCGACAUUCAAUAGCAGACGACCGAAGGCAGAGCUCCCCGAUCCCGGAAAUACACUUGCCAGGGUGUGGACAGUAGAGAAGAACUAUUUUCUUUCGUUGGUGUUUUUAAUUUAGUUAACGAAAUACAGUAGAAUUGUGAAGAUUGCUUGCGCGAGGAAAAUAUUGAUGGGUAACGAGAAAAGUGCCCUGGGCGGGCUGGAGAUCGACGAAAAAGCUGUUGAGAUCACGGAUUUCUGGCUACAUCACAGUGCCAGUUUGAAUGGAAUUAAUCCACAGACAUUGUCCGUAUUUGUCAGUGAGCCGUCUCUACAUUCUAGCGCUAACUUCGGUAAACCAUCUCCUCUAGAAAAAGCUGCUAAGCACUUGAUGCUUCACCGCCACCCUUGUAUACUAAAAUAUGUAUCAUCGUGGCAUAAAGGUAGCAAGUUUUUUCUUGCUACUGAGGAAGUGAAACCCUUGGUGCAAGUUAUCGGAAUGCAGACUACCCUACAGAUUUGUAUCGGUCUACACAGCAUUUUACGGGCCUUGAUAUUUCUCCACGAAAAGGCACUAGCGUCUCAUAAUAACGUAUGCAGCAGUGCUAUCUACGUGACACCAGAUGGGUUCUGGAAAUUGGGAGGCUUAGAGUAUCUUUGCAGAUUCACAGAAUUGACGCCAGUCUAUCUUCAAAAAACUCGAAAUUACCGAUAUGAAAAAGCUAUAUCGCCAGAGGAAGAUGGAGGAAAGUCUGCGGUUUUAAUGGAACCUUCGGCAAUUGAUCAAUUUGCAUUUGGAGUUCUGGCUGAGGAAGUUCUCAGCCUAAAAAGUGAUGAUGAUGUACCUUCGAUAUCAGACUUUAAAGAAUUGGCAAAAAAGCAUUUACAAAAUGCUGAUCCCUCACUGAGAACUAAACUCUCCUCUGUACUUGUUCAUCCAUUUUUUACGCAUGAAUUCAUAACUAUACAUGGUUUUCUAAUGGAACUGCCGUUAAAAAAUGAGGCUGAAAAACAGGACUUUUUCUCGAACUUAGUGGUGCAGCUAAAUAAAUUCCCAGAAAAAAUAGUGGCUGAACAAUUGGGCGGAUUAUUGCUGUCUAGAAUGGUUCUCCUCGAUUCUACUGCUCAAUCCAAACUGCUGCCUUUUAUUUUGACGCCAAGAGAUGAAAACAGCGAAUCCGACCUUCUCUUCACCUUAUCGACAUUCAAAAAAUAUGUCGUACCGAAACUUUUACAAAUGUUUUGCGUCCGCGAUGCACAGAUCAGACUGCUACUUCUUUCCCAUUUCAAUUCUUUCGUCGGUGCCUUCCAACCAGACGAUCUCAAGCUACAUGUGUUACCCGAGUUAUUAGUUGCAAUUAAAGACACUAACGACCAUUUAGUCAGUACGACACUGAGAGCUUUAGCCGAUCUAGUCCCUCUGUUGGGUUCGGCGACUGUGAUAGGUGGUAGCAGAGGAAAAUUGUUUACAGACGGUCGACCAAACAAGGCUCACCGGUUGAAGGAAAGUCAAGUAGCUCCAGUUUUAACCAAAGACAAAAAUAGUGUACCAGACGUUGUAUUGCAUGUACAAACAUCAGUAUUAGAAUUACCAGAAAGACCUUCGCCUGACGGUGGAGAGGACCAAAUAGAUUUAGAUCCAAUUCUACCCGAGGAAGAAGGAAACUGGUCAGAUUGGGACGCACAAGAUAGUGCUCAACCUGGAACAAAGUCGCCGGAAUUGAGACUGCCCAACGAUGUACAAGAAUCGAUCGAAAGAGUAAUUCCAGAUGCAGGAGCAUUACAUUCUGAGGGAUCGUCGAACACUUUGAAAGAUGAAACUUCAAAGUAUUCAAAGAAGCCAAUUAUAUCAGACAUACUGGAAUUGGACAUAAAAAACUCAAAGCCCAUGAGAAUGUCUAAAGAAGAAAUCGACUUCUUCGAAGACAUGGAACCGGUAAUAAAAAAAACUCAGAUCCUCCACAUACAAGAAGCUACCACCACGAGAAGUAUGUUUGACGUCAAAGCGGCGAAUGCUUCAGUUGAUGAGGCAGCUGAAGACAAUGGAUGGGGUGAUGAUUUGAACGACUGGGGAGCCGAUGAGACAUCCCAUGCGAGGGAAUAGCGAGCAAAUUAAUAACAUCGUUAUCUUGUGUACACCAUUUUCAUGGUGGGCAAGGAUAACGAAUCAAAAUAGUAUUUAAGUGAUGUAUAUAAUUGUUAGACCAUGUAUGACGUGUAUUAUACCGCACAUGUAAAAUUCACGACACCGAACUUGAAGCAAGUAAAAUUCCAAUGUGGCAUCGAAUAUUUAUGUAUUUAUAAACGUAUGAAAUUAUUAUAAUGUUAUAAUUGCGUGAAAACUUACGGGUUGGUCGUACGAGUGAAAAAGGCUCGGCGUCCUUCCAGGCAAGUCGGGAAAAUUGUUCCUUGUAAACAGACACUGAAUUAGUGCGUAGUUUCAUUCGCAACAAUAACUACUCCCUUACAGUUUAUGAAUUGUUAUUUAAUAAAGAAAGAAAUUUCUUAAGUGAAUAA